AUGGUUUCUCUGAAAUUAAUUUCUUUAAUUGCUCUUGUUACAUUCCUUGUAACUUUAAUUGAAUCUGCACCAGCUAAAACCUGUCCAUUUGCAAUUAAGUAUAUAAAUGAACCUCUUAAUACCUAUAUUGUUACACUCAAAACGCCUUCCAAUCAUUAUGAAGCUGUCAAUGCUGAAAUAAAACAUUUUAAUUUAUUAAAAGAAUGCGCAGACAAAAAAAUUUCAAACAUAUUAAAUUUAUCUAAUCUUGUUAAUAAAGUUCUUGAUUCAAUUCGAAAAGAUCCAAAGAACAUUUUAAAUUUCAGUGUCAAAGGACUUAGUUUUUGUCGAGAAACAUCUAUUCAAGCUACCAGAAAGAUAUUAAAUGAUGAUAAAUUUUCUCGUAAUGAAAAAGUUUUUAAAUCACAAGAUGAUGACAAAACAAGUUUAAAAAAUCUUGAUCGAGUCGAUGAAAGGAAAUUUACAUUAGAUGGAAAAUAUAAAUCCCCGAUAGAAAGUGCCAAGGAGCGAAUGUUUAUAUUCUUGAUACGAAUUAAUACCGGUCAUUUAGAUUUUGAAGGAAGAGCUGAAUUCGCUGCUGCUGUUUGUACUGUAUGUGAAAAUCAUGGAACAAUGGUUGCCGAAAUUGUUGGUGGUAGCAAUUUUGGUAUUGCCAAAUUAGUGAAAUUAAUUACAAUCAAAGUAUUAAAUGCUCAAGAGCAUGAGAAAUCUCAGAACAAGAAAACUAUCAUAAAUAUGUCCUUAGGCUUUGGUCAACGAGUAGAAGAAGUCGAUCGCGCAGUUAAGAACGCACAUUAUCGUGCUUUGUUAAUUCUUCCAGUUGGUUUACAAACAGCCAGUGGAAUAAGUUUUUCUUCUCCUCAUGUUGCUGGUGCAUUUGCUUGUAUCAUCGCAAACAAAAAUUUAACUCCUGAUCAAGCAUAA